AUGCGGUACUUUGAACUCAAGGAAUGCCGAUAUAACAAGGAAGAUGAAGCUGAAGUUUUGGUACUACCCUAUAAGGACAACCAAUACAAAUUCGUCAUUUUCCUCGCAUCGGAAGGAGUGAAGUUUGAGGAUUUUCGAACCAGCUUGACCGGUGAAAUUCUAACCAGACUGCAAAUGAAUGCGAUUAGGUCUUGUGUAAACGUGACAAUCCCAAAAUUCAAGCUCACAUACGAACCGCAAAUGAAACAACUACUGCAACAACUUGGAGUUAGUCAACUCUUCACAGAAAAUUGCGACUUAAAAGAAGUGUCUAACGUGGGAAACCUUUACGUCGACGACAUCAUCCACAAAGCUGUAGUGGAGGUGAAUGAAGAAGGAACCGAAGCAGCAGCAGUCACGGGGAUGACUAUGCGGUUGACAAGCAUACCCAUGGACACAGUAGAUUUUCGUGCGGAUCGUCCAUUUGUCUUCGGCAUUUUUUAUGAUGAUGAACCUAUCUUUCUCGGGCAGUAUUGCUAG